UUGAUUAUUCUCUGUGUAGCAUCGUGCGUUCGUUUACAAUGAUUAUUUCAUGGUGUUUUGUGCUUUUUUUACACUUGGUUAAAGCAAACGAUAAAGCAAAAUAUGAUCAUGAACUAGAUUUUUUGGUAACGCGCAGAAAUGAAAUCUGGUUAUUAAAAAACAGCGGUGAAAAAUACAAGUACAAAAUCGAUGAGAGUUCCAUAAUUGCCGACGUUGAUUAUCACUGGCCAAAAGGACUAUUAUUUUGGAUAGAUUAUAACCGUCGUGAGAUAAAUUCACAGUCAUUGGAUCCGAAUAAAACGUCCACGAGAUUCAUAUUUAAGCAGAAACGAAAUUGGCAGCCAAUAGCUCUGGCGAUAGACUUCGUAAACGACAAACUAUAUGUAGUUGACACUAUGGGAUUGAAAAUCGAUAUAUUUGAAUUAGACGGUAAAUAUUACAAUAUUAUAAGCAGCUGCAACGUAGUACGACCAAGCGACAUAGAAUUAGAUCCUCGAGAAAGGAUAAUGUUCAUAUUGGACGGACAUAUAAUUAUUCGAGCCAGCCUCGAUGGUACUUUCUCGACGAAUAUAAUUGAAUCGCAGCUCAGCAUUUUGCAUGGAAUAUUUGUCGAUACAAACAGCAAGAAACUCUAUUGGAUAUCGAAAAAUAGUUCUGUUGUAAUUGCCAGCGAUUAUUCGGGAGCGCGAUUGGCCACUCUACAUCUAAAUAACAACACCUCAGCCGAUAUCGGUUGGACUAAAUUUGCAGUUUACAAUGAAAGUAUAUUUAUGGCAAGUCAAUUCAUGGUUUAUAAUUUCAAUUGUGGCAACAGUUGUAAUGCUCGUCGACAAAAUGUUUAUCCAAUGAAUCCUCCGCCAGUUGUCAAAGCUAUCAAAUCAACUAUUCAAAAACCAACAUUUACUUCUUGUCAAAAAAAGAAUGAUUGUCAACACAUGUGCAUUUCUACGUUGAGCAAUGAGAAUGUUCAUAGGUGUGCUUGCAAUAUUGGUUGGAAAGCAAAGAAAAAUUUGAAAGAUUGUGAAUAUGUAGAUGAUUUUCUAAUGUACAGCGAUUCAAGGAUAUUGAAAAGUCGACUUACUGAUCCUUGCAUAUUUUGUGAAGCCUAUUUGCCUAUUUCUCUUGAAAAUCACAUGAAGCUGAUUGAUUUUGAUUUAGAUAAAGUUGAAAAUUACCUAUAUUUUAUUGCCAUUAGUGCUUUGAAAUACGAUACUAUUUAUAAAGUACGUAUAAACGGAACUGAUGCGGAGGCUGAAGAAAAAUUUUCAAUUGGAAUGUAUGAAAAUUAUAAUAGUUUGUCGAUCGAUUGGAUAUCACGUAAUUUAUAUGUUACGGAUUCAUGGAAUGGAACGAUAAAAGUUUUCAGUAUGAGAGAUAAAGGUAAAAAAUUAACUGUACUGAAAAACUUGACAAACCCUGAAUGCAUUAUUGUUCAUCCAAAACAAAGCUUCGUUUACUUUUUACAAUCCUUCGAUGAAUCAAAAAAUAAAUUCUUGAGUAGAGUUAAUACGGAUGGUUCUAAUUUAAUCGCUUUUCGUCAUAUCUCCUUCAGCGAAUAUUCUGGUUUUACAUUAGAUCUACAUGAAAAUAGAAUUUACUGGUACGAUUGGAAUCUACCAAAUAUUCGUCAUUCCGACCUCGAUUUGAAUAAUAUUUUGGAUACCCAAUUGAUGACUCUUACAAAAUAUAUCCGAUCGAUUUUUGUUGAUAAAUUAUGGAUUUAUUUGGUAUAUUUUCGAAGCGAAGGUAUUUGGCGUUUAGACAAAUCAGAGAAAAGUAAGCCAACUUUGUUGUUAAAAGACAUUUCAAAUAAAAUAAUGAAAAUUAAAAUUUUUCGAUCUAUAAUAUCAACCGAAAAGCAUGCAUGUGAAGUCAAUUCUGGUGUAUGUUCUGAGUUCUGUUUUAGUUUACCUAAAACCAAUGAUACUGUAAAAAAUUAUGUUUGUCGCGACUCAGAUAUGUUAUAA